GUGAUGAAGGGUGGGUGAGGAUUUCCAUUUCUAGGGAAAGUGACAGGUAAAAAGUGUUACCACCAUGCUCAUGGAAUCCAAAGUAUUGUACCUGUAACCACUUGACUCUUGGAGUCCAGACCUAGCCUGGUUUGGUAAGCAGUAAGUGAGAAAACCGCUGAUUAUUUUCUUGAAGAUCUCCUGAUGCAACUGUUUACAGCUUUGCUGGCAGCUCCCAGGGGGAGCUUUAGGGCCCCAAAACAAUCUCUAUUUGGUCCUUGGUCCUUGGGCUCUGGGAAGGAGGGCGGUGGACUGGGGGGCCUCUCCUCCUCCUCUGGCGGCUUCAGGGCCGCACGCCCACGCCGCUCUUUCCUGUUGGCCAGGGCAGCGACAGGUGAGGCGCGGCCUAGGGCCAAUCACACAGCCAGAGGGGUCAGAAGCUCGCGCUCCGCGCAGCGGGCGGCCGCGAAAUCGCGGAAGAGGGUCCCAGCAGCGGCUGCGGCCCCUGAAGAGGGACGACCCACAGGCGGGAAGUCUUCCCACAAGGGGGCGCUGCCACCUGCCCGGAGGAGGAGCCAAAGAGGGACCCGGGUUUUUGCCCCUCCGACGCACAAGAGUGGGGAAGACCCAUCCUGAUCAUGAAGGGCUCCAAAGGCAUCGACAACCCGGCUUUCGUUGCUUCCAGCCCAGACACCCCGCGCCGUUUGGUUCCAUCGCCGUCUCAUGUCGAGGUCUCUGUCUUGACCCGGAGAGAGGAUUCGCAGCCUCAGGAGCCUCAGAAGUCCCCGGACCUACCUCUGUCUUCAGUAACUACCCCCGGCUCCCAGGAGGGGUCCGGGCCAGUCUCACAGUCCGAGUUUGAGGAGGGGCCCUGCGGGUGGGGCAACUUCCAACCCCAGUGUUUCCAGCGCUGCAACACACCCCGGGGCUUUCUGUUUCACUACUGCCUCUUGGCCCUCACGCAAGGUAAGGUCCCAGGCCGGCUCCAGGAGGCACAGGGGCGAGCUGAGGGCGAGGAAGCGCGCGGAAGCCGGCAGGGAGGAGAGGGCAGGUGCGCGGCGGGUCCGAGCCCCUGUGGUCGUCAGCCCCGCGAUGUGGCCCCAGACUUGGGUUUUGCAAGCGCUCGCUCGCACCGACGUUGGCCAUGCAGAUUCAGGCUUAUACAUUUUGGCUUCUGUUUUAUCGCAACAGUUAAAACUUGGCAUACUAGCUCUUUAUCUUUAGUGUUCUACUUCAGUCUUGGAGAUUCGAUUUCUGAAAAGAAGAUGGAAAGUACUGGAUGUUUCCUGGGGGAAACGUUUGGUCAGGGCGAGCUGCGCGGGGAGAGGGGAGGUGUCCACUGUACAAAACGCAUACAUUUUGCUAAAGCCUUUUAUUAAAGGAAUGUUUUUACAUUAUUUCUGAAACAGAAGAAUUAAUAAAAUUGCAGUUGAGGGUAGCGUGGUUCUCAAAGGAAAAGUUGUUGAAAGUAUACAGUAGAGGAGUUCCCGUCGUGGCUCAGUGGUUAACAAAUCUAAGAACCAUGAGGUUGCCGGUUCGAUCCCUGGCCUUGCUCAGUGGGUUAAGGAUCCGGCGUUGCCGAGAGCUGUGGUGUAGGUUAAAGAUGCGGCUUGGAUCCCGAGUUGCUGUGGCUCUGGCUUAGGCUGGUGGCUACAGCUCUGAUGAAAAGA